ACGAGAGCCAGCGUGCAGUCCUAGCGUCUUUCAGCUAUUCUGUCUGUCUAUAUUCUGUCUGUCUAUUCACACAUACAUUACUUAUCGUCAUCAGAACGAGUCAUGCGAACCAUGAGGGAUGCGAUGCCUGUCCAUCUCCACAGCUUAGGCCGUGAUAUGAUGCCGUCUACGCUGCACAUUGACGAUGAGCAAUGGCCGGUAUUCGUGUCCGAUGCACGGCUGUUCCGGUCGAUUUAUAUCAUGUCAUUAGUGUUACUUUGUUAUGAUUACGUCCUCACAUUUGAUCAAGAGAUAGAAUACUUUUGGAACUUUCAGACACUUGCCUGGCGGCAUGUGCUAUUUGGUUUGCUACGAUAUUUUAGUCUUGCUAACUUCCUACUUGCCAAUAUCAUUCUCUCCUUUCAAGCGCCUUCUAUUCGGGUAAGUACGAUAACAGCUCAAACUUGUCAUAACGUCCUAAACGCUUACCAUAUGAAGUUAUGUUCCACUUGGUAUCAUCUUUGGGUUGGCGUAGGCUUCGUCACUUCUACUGCUACUCAUAUUAUUCUCGUCUUGAGGAUCUACGCCAUGUAUGACAGUAAUAGACGAUUACUCGCUGCACUACUCUCCUUGCUAGUGGCAAAGUCAAUCGUCGAACUGACAAUACUGUAUAUCGUUACGACGAAGAUGCAGACGGUUGAAUUCCCACCUCCGAUCACCGCUGGAUGCUUUGCGGUGAAUUCUCUGACAUACGCGUGGUCGUAUUGGUUUUCUCUUUUGACUUUUGAGAGUUCUCUAGGCAUUCUUGCCUUGAUCAAAUGCGUGCAGUGCGCGGGUGACCCGUCGACAACUCCCCAAUUGAUGAUUGUGCUUCUUCGUGAUUCCUUCAUCUUCUUUGGAGGGAUGCUCGCCGUGGCCUUGAUAAACUGUACGGUAUGGGCAUUUGCAAGGCCUUCUCUGUUUACUGCCUUUCCUUCAUUGACCUUAUCCUUGGGCUCAGUGUUGGGAUGCCGUAUCCUUUUCAACAUGCAAAGAGUUGCUUAUCGGCAGAAGGAUGAUUUUGAAGUUGACACUAUGUCAGAUCUGUGUUUUGCCAGGCUGGGCGAAAGCAAUGUUGCUAGAGAAUGAUCUGGCGGGCUACAAGAACCCACUAUAGUCUUCAGGGAUGAGUUCUUGGGCUUCUAAGCAACCAAAGUACCAUUUGUGUUUUCUAUUGAUCAGAGCUCGUGACAAUAAGACAUUCCAUUCAUG